AUGUGGUAAGUUGACUUUGGUUAUUUACAGCUAAGUAUUUAAGGCAAUCCUACAAGUUGUUUUUUUUGUGUGUAUAUUUUCAGGAGAGAUCGAUUUAUGAGCGAACUGGAAAAUGAUGAGAUUAAUCGCCAGCUUUGUGCCGUGGACACAUUUCCUUGGUCCCCUGAAACUCAAGAGGAGAUUCUUGCGGAAUGGAAUGAUUGGCAACACGAUCCGACAGGGCCAAGUUUGUGUUGUGAUGAAUGUGGUCGCGUAUUUACGCGUUCGGACAACCUCAACCGACAUAUGAAAUCUCACAGUGACAAAAACCACCAGUGUUCGCGUUGUCGCAAAAAGUUUAAUCGAAAGGUACGUAAUUUACAAGGAUAUAUUUCAAAACAUAAUAAAACAUUUUGAGUUAAUAAUAUCUAUUUAUAUGAUUUCAAGGAUGCUUUGAACCGACACAUGACUCACAGUGACAAAGACCACGAGUGUUCGCGUUGCCACAAAACGUUUAAUCGGAAGGUAUGUAAUUUACAGAAAUAUAUUUCAAAACAUAGUAAAGUAUUUUGAGCUAAUAAUAUCUACUUAUAUUUCAAGGAUGCUUUGAACCGACAUACGAAAAUGCACGAGCGACGUGGCGCGGAACGGGAAUAUAUUGCGGAAUACUUCACCACAUACGUUACAA